AUGGCUUAUGACCGCUUCAUUGCCAUCUGCAGACCCCUGCACUACGGCACCAUCAUGGACAGCAGAGCUUGUGUCAAAAUGGCAGCAGCUGCCUGGGCCAGUGGUUUUCUCUAUGCUCUCCUGCACACUGGGAACACAUUUUCAAUACCACUCUGCCAAGGCAACACAGUGGAGCAGUUCUUCUGUGAAAUUCCCCAGAUCCUCAAGCUCUCCUGCUCAGAUGCCUACCUCAGGGAAGUUGGGGUUCUUGUGGCUAGUGGCUGUUUAUUCUUUGGGUGUUUCAUUUUCAUUGUGCUGUCCUACGUGCAGAUCUUCACAGUCGUGCUGAGGAUCCCCUCUGAGCAGGGCCGGCACAAAGCCUUUUCCAUGUGCCUCCCGCACCUGGCCGUGGUCUCCCUGUUUGUCAGCACCUCAUUUUUUGCCUACCUGAAGCCCCCCUCCCUCUCCUCCCCAGCUGUGGAUCUGGUGGUGGCUGCUCUGUACUCGGUGGUGCCUCCAGCGGUGAACCCCCUCAUCUAC